AUGCCUAUUCUCAAGCAGCUGGUGCACAGCUCCAGCCAGUCCAAGCGGCGGUCCCGGGCGGACCUGACCGCCGAGAUGAUCAGCGCCCCGCUGGGGGACUUCCGCCACACCAUGCACGUCGGGCGGGGGGGCGACGCCUUCGGCGACACCUCGUUCCUGAGCACCCGGUCGGGGGAGCCGCCCCGAGAGCCCGAGGCCAAGCAGGGCUCCCCGGGCCCCAAGCCGGGGCUGCUGUCGCGCACCUUCCGGAGCAGCAAGCGCUCGCAGUCGGUGAACCGCGGCGAGUGCAACGCUGCCGUGCCCUCCGCCGCCCCCUCCCAGUUCGUGAAAAACGCCAUAUCCCUGCCUUACCUGAACGACGAGCGCUCCAGCAGAAGCGGCCAGCUGCCCAAGAGCGUGUCCUCCAGCCCCAUGAAGAUCCAGACAGAAGUGGAAAACAGGCCCGUAAACGGCGCCGCCGCCGCCAUGGCGGCUCUGGACGCGGAGUUCGACGAGCGCAACUUCGGCGAGCUCACGGAGCUGCCCCCAUCCAUGCCCAGAGGAGGCGGGAUGAAGCACGCGGAGUCCAUGAUGUCCUUCCACAUCGACCUGGGGCCCUCCAUGCUGGGAGACAUCCUGAGCGUGAUGGAGAAGAAAGGCUGGGAGGAGGACGACCUGGGCUACGAAGAGGGCAAGAGCAGCGAGGAGCACGCGUCGCCCUCGCACAUCCCCAACAUCGACGACGACGACGCCGAGGAGCGGGCGCCGUCCCGGCCGCCCCGCGGCGCCCCCCAGCACACGCCCUACACGCCAGAGUCACACGCCAGGAGCAACCACCACGACGCCGACGACAGCUGCUCCGUGUCCAGCUCGGGCUCGGACAAGCCGCAGUACCACCUGCAGGACGGCGACACGGACAGUGCCAAGUACAGCUCGCCACGGGGGGAAGACGAGAAGGAUUUCACCUUCAUGGAUGACGACGACGACGAGAUCCGGGUGUAG